AGUUGUAACGACAUACAAAAGGUGAACACAACUGUUGUGUUGGCGGGAAGGAUGAGCUGACUGCACCGAGACUUUUUUCCUCUCCCUCCCACCCUCCUUCUCUCUCUCUCUCCCUCUCUCUCCGUCUUUUAGAGUCUGAGGCAUCCCCCGGCACACAGCACCGAGUAGCCUCGCUCUCUCACCGUGCACGGCGUUGGUGUUUCCUGACGUCUGAUGAACGCACCGGACAUUUGUCUCUCCGUCUCCCUCCUCGUAAGACGCGUGUGGGCGUAAGCGAGAAGGCGGCGCUUCGGAUCGGCUUGAUUGAUUGAUUCGGUUGAGUUUGAUUGACGGAUCGCCCCCACAAGUGGGACGCGCGUGUGCGGAUGAGCGGCGUGCGCACGAGAAGACGGACCCGAGCGGCAGCCGUCUCCCGCCGCGUCCUGACUUCCUUUAGACCCAUCGCCAGCCGGGGACCGGCACGCCCAGCGGGGGGACCGGCUCAAAGGGGUCGGCUGACUCCACGCGCUGCAGGAGGAAGAAGAUGCCGUUUCAUCACGUGCGAGCGGGCCUCCUGUAUCCCGACAACUACCUGAGCGGCUCCCUCACAGAAGGCGACGACGCCUUCAAGCUCACCAGCAUCUCCACCGAGGAGCUUGGAGAGAUUCGCGAGGCCUUUCGUGUGCUGGACCGCGACGGGAAUGGCUUCAUCUCCAAGCAGGAGCUGGGAAUGGCCAUGCGCUCGUUGGGGUACAUGCCCAGCGAGGUGGAGCUCGCCAUCAUCAUGCAGAAGCUCGACAUGGACGGAGACGGGCAGGUGGACUUUGAGGAGUUCAUGACGAUACUCGGGCCAAAGCUGCUGUCAUCGGCCAACAGAGAAGGUUUCUUAGGCAACACCAUCGACAGCAUCUUCUGGCAGUUUGACAUGCAGCAGCUGUCUCUGGACGAGCUGAAGCAGGUUCUCUUCCACGCCUUCCGCGAUCACCUGACCAUGAAGGACAUCGAGAACAUCAUCAUCACCGAGGAGGAGAGCCUCAAUGAAACCUCGGGAAGCUGUCCCGAGUACGAGGGAGUGCAUCCCAAGAAGAAGAACCGGCAGACGUGCGUGAGGAAAAGUCUCAUCUGCGCCUUCGCCAUGGCCUUCAUCAUCAGCGUCAUGCUCAUUGCCGCCAAUCAGAUGUUGCGCAACGGCAUGGAGUGAAAACUCUUCACUGUGACGGACGCAUUCGUGGGUACGCCCGCAAGGAUCCCGGCAGGUCUGUCAACUUUUUCUUUCUUUGGGCUCAGGAGCGGACCGAGGAUCGAUUACUCAUCUCCUUGUGUUGCUUUCAAGAUGUUCCUUCAUUUCCAACUGGAAAGUUGGCAUCAUUUUUAAAAAAAAAAAUGAAAAUAUGGACACUUUGAGGGAAUGUAAAUUGAUGACAAUGGAAAAAAAAGAAUGAGAACAAAAACAAUCGUUGGGUGCUUGGAGCCGUUCCUCAUCGCCACCUCCUCAAGGACGCUAACAUGUUCUCAUCUUCUCCAACCAUGUGCACUUAGCAAAGCGUCAACAGCAACAUUACGCGUGUGCUGAAACGAGGACAGAGAAGAGCUGAUGUAUGCUUGGUGCAAAAAAAAAAAAAAAA